AUGAGCGGCUCGCGCUUUGCUCCUGGAGAGCAUGCAGGGCCCUCACAGUAUAGACAACAUCCACCGGGACAGCCUAGUAGCAACAACAGCAGCACUUAUCAAAACCCUGCAUCGCCAACGGGCUUUCGGCAAGCAUCGAGCGGUAACGUGUACGGUGCGAGACAGCAGCCGUUUUAUCCCCAAGGGUCAGGCGAUACUUAUACUUCUGGCGGUGGCGGACACGCAUACCAGCGCAGUGUCAGCGAACAAAGUAACCACACCUACCACAGCGCAUCUGGCAGUAUGGCAGGCAGUACAGCGGCUUUAGACCGUCAGUGGACGCCAGCCCCACGGAUACCUGCAAGUCAGUCAAGUCUUGCUGGUGUACCUGGAGAAGAUGCCAUUACGCAAGCUGAACGCGCUGCGCAACGGCAUUGGCAGGUACUCGGACAGUUCCUAGGCAAGGACAGAGAACCUGUACCCCCGAGGAUGGUGGUCAAGGCGCGUGAAAAGCUGACACGUCUCUCAGCGACACAAUUCCAAGAACUCUCAACAGAUGUCUAUGAUGAAGUGCUUCGUCGUCAAUUUGCAGCACAAGGCGGACCAGGACCUCCUGCACUCGAGCCUGAUGCCGCUUACCACCCAAAACGCAAUCAAGCUCGGGAACGACUGUCUGCGCUGACAAUGACGCGGUUUCGCGACUUGGCAGCGGAUGUGUAUCAUGAGAUUGGCAGGCGGUUUCCUGAUGUUGCGCGGCAGUCCACCGAUACAAGUCAAGAUGCUCGGUCGCGUGGCUCUGCUGGCUCACAACUACCUACUUCACCCAUUGCUGAAAAGCCAAAGCCUAACUUGCGAAAUACGACAUUCAUCCCUGUCAAGUCUGCGAUGGUGGAAGAUGAUGACGGCGAUGAAGACCUGAUGGAGCAAGUCCAAGCUCCAAUUCGGUCAAGAGGGACAGAGUUUGAUACUGCUUCCGCCCAGUCGAGUGAGUAUGGCAAGAGCUCACCCAUUGCACGAAGUCAGACGAAUGGUGAUGCACCAGCCAGACAAGCUGACCGAUCGUCUGAGUUGCGCAUCAAGGAACUCGAAGACAAAUUGGCGGUGCUUGAAGUGACUGCACGAGAAGCAUCUGCCCGCGCGGCAGGACGUGGUGAUCUUGAAUCAGCGUUGCAAGAGGCACUCGAGCGCAAUGACAAGCUAGAGUCACAAGUGCAACAGCUACAAAAACAAGUCAAGCAGGCCGCUCCGCAAGAAGAGUUGGAUCGAGUGAAGAAGUCAUUGACGGACCAGCAGAGUGUUGAGACGGAGAUGCGUCAAGCACUCGACAAUCUCAUGAUUGACCUUCGCCAAAUGAGUGAUCGUGAAUCAAGUAUGCAAGCACAACUCGAAAAGCUUGCGCAAGACCUACUUGAGCAGAAACAACAGACGAGCGCUUGGCAAGCACAAGCCCAGAAAUCAAAACUGGCAUUGCGACAAGUCAAAGUGACAUCUGCAUUCUUUGCACCUGGCGGAGGGCUUUCAGCAGAUGGCACCACCAAUGGCAUCGUGGCAGCUGCUGCAGGUUUAAUUUCAACGUCUGGUGCUAUUCAAGACUUGUCAUUCGCUCAAUUCCAAGGCGGGAUUGAUGAGCUGCUACGUGUCGCACGGAUGCAACCGCAACUUGUACUGGAACCCAUGCGAACCCUCGUCACGGCAACCAAGGCCAUUCAAUUGGAUAUCCGACAAAGCGGCAUCGAGCAGAGCGAGGAGAAAGUGGCCAAAUUGAUGCUUCGUCUAAGCAGUACAGCCAAUAAUCUCAUGAUUGCCUGUCGCAACCACGUUGGCAGUGCAGGACUUUCGCCAGUCUCGCUGGUUGAUGCAGCUGCGAGUCAUUUGACAAGUACUGUCAUUGAGUUGGCCAAGAUUUGCAAGAUUCGCAGUAUUCCGCAGCAAGCAGAGGUGGAGCCUGAGUUACAGUUGCCAAGAGUUGCAACGGCUGUCGCUCAAAAAGAUGUGGAUGACGAUUUGCCCUUCACACCGCAUGGUCAAGCGGAAAUGCCACACAAGAUUAGCUUCCAGGUGACUGAACCACCACCAGCAUCACCUGACCGCGCACCACCUGCACCACCCUCAGCAGCCACAAAACGAGACAGCUUGCAAGACCUCAAGGUCUCCCUCGAAACGCAAACUGAGGCUAUUGUCACAUCCAUCCAAAAACUCCUCGCUGCAAUUCGAGCAGAUCAAAAGCCAGCGGUCCUUCAGCAAUUCAUUGGCGAUAUCGUCGUUUCAGUCACGACUGCGACAUCUCUCCUUCAGCCAGCAUAUCUCUCCUCUGAGGAGUCUCGCUCAUUGCGGCAAGAGCUUCAAGGGAUUCGCGUGGCGCUUGAAUCAUGCUGUUCUCGCUUGAGGAAUAUGGAGAAUGGCGCUGCUGAACAGCCUGCUCAUGGAGCAAGCAAGGAGUAUAAGCAGCGGCUAGCAGGCGUUGCGUUUGAUACGGCCAAGCAGACAAAGGAGCUGUCAAUGGCGCUUGAACGCGUUGAUGCCGAAGACUUGACUCACGAUGUACCAGAUUUGACAUAG